AUGCGUCACGCACUUGUCCUCGGGGGCGCUGCUCUGGCGUCCGCCGCGUACACACCUAGACAGGCGGACUUUUCGGCCACGCUGAACCCGCGAAGCGCUCAACCGAAGCAUCCUGGUUUUAAAAGGGACGCAGCCUCCACCCCAUCCGUCAAUAUCUCAUCGGUCGAGCAGCUUGUCUACGAUAUCGACGUCGAGCUCGGCAACCAGCAGGUCAAGCUGCUGGUCGACUCGGGCAGUUUCUCGCUAUGGACCGCCACGCCUGACUACCGAUGCACUGAUGGGUACUGGAACUACACCACCACCACUUGUGGCAUUGUCGGGACCUACGAUCCUACGAGCGACCCAGAUGCCGUUGAAUACGACGGGACUGCCGUGACCUAUUACGAAUCAUACGGCUCCGGCUACGCCCAAGGCGCGGCCUAUAACACCACCGUCACCAUAGGCGGUUUUACGGUCGAGAACUAUCCCAUCGGGUACGCCGAUGCGGUGGACUUCUCCGGGGGCGACAACGAGGUUACCGGCAUUAUCGGCCUCGGGUUAGGCGAGGCGACCGGCUUCUACCUCAGCGACCCCUGGACCGCCCAGGCCCCGGCUGGGCUCUUCCAAAGGCUGAAGGAGCAGCUUGGCGCAUGGCAGUUCGCCAUCACGUACGGCGAGGGCAUCUCGAACGGCCCCUCGAGCACCUCCAACACCGGCACGCUUUCCCUCGGCGGCAUCGCCACCGGCAUGUACCCCGGCGACGUCGACACGGCAGAGUUCGUGACACUGAACAUUUCGGCCGACUUCAAGAAGGAGGGCUAUUCCUACUGGGGUGGCAACAUCGACGGCUGGACGUACCCGAACGACACCGCUUCCGGCUACGCGACGCCCUUCGCCACCGACGUCCUGGUUGACUCGGGCACCGCGUACAUGAAAGUGGACCGUGGCACUACGGGGCUCUACAACGCCCUGUGGACCGGUGGCUCGACCGUCUCAGGCGACUACUACGUGAUCGACUGCAACGCGACGGCGCCCGACUUCAGCGUAAUCAUCGCCGGCGAGACGCGCAACAUCUCGUCCCAUGACCUUGUUUACAGGCUCGCCGACGGCACAUGUCAGUCCUCCAUCACGGAGGCUAUCAACUCGCCCCAAUUCAUCCUGGGCGCCCCGUUCUUCAAGAGCAAUCUUGUCGUUUUCGACGGAGAUGCGGAGGCGAUCCAUGUUGCGCAGAAACCGAGGGCUGCGUAG